UGGGCGUGAAUGUACACUUCUCGGGCCGAGUCAAGGUAUAUGCUUCAGCUGUGCGUUGUGGAGAAAGGAUUUUGACGGCAUUUCAGAACUGUCAGAGUUAGAGGAAGUACGCUGUCGAGGCUGAAGAAGGUGGCGUGUGUUAAAUAGUUCUGACAAUGUUUGCAGCGUGGGACUUCUGGCAUCGGCUGUCUUGCCGAGUGGCACUGGGGCCAGCCUAGUGAAUGUUCACAUAUGUGUGUAAGAAGACUGUCUUAGCACGGAUUUAUUACUGUUCUUUCAAAGGAGAUGGGGCAGAAGGUAGAGCAGGCUUGGAGCUGAUUUGGGCUUUAUUUGUACACCCGUCACCGUGUCUUGAAUAACUUUUCACUGCGAAAACAAUUUCCUUUCAGAAUGAUGUCGCAGAUGUCGGCCAGUCAUUUGAGUUUCUUUAAAUCAGUCGGAACGUGUUUUGUGUAGUACCUAUUUGAGGUUGCUGGUCUAAUAUUCUAAAUGGGAUCUCACCUCUAUUUUAUUCAUUGGAGCACCCUUAUUCAGAUGUAGUAGGGGCUUCAGCCAAGAAGUAGAAAUAUUAACUAGGAUUACUUAAAACUGUAUGCCUGCAAUUUGUUGAAGCACAAGAACACUUAGUGCUGUGUUAUGUGGUUGGUACUGGCUUAGGCAUUUUUAUUUUUUCUUUGACAAGAGGGACCCUGGCUAGUUUAUUUCAAGACAGUGAUAGUUUUCCCUACCUGUAGUCAUGCGUCUCGCUUCCUUGCUAUCGAUUUGUCGCCCAGCUCUGCCUCUUAUCCUGGGUAUCUCUUUAGGAUGCAGUCUUAGCUUACUUCGUGUUUCAUGGAGCCAAGUUAGUGAUGCAGAAGAUGCUUGCUUGGGGCUGGUGGGAGAUGAAAGCAACUCGAACGCAGGGGCUGCAGGAGUAAAGAAGGACCGUCAUAGUGACGACUUUCAGCCUAGAAUUAUACCAUACAAGAAAGAUCCGAAUAGACUCCAUAAAAAGGUGCUCAGGACAAGGUACAUCCACACAGAACUUGGAAUCAGAGAAAAACUGUUAGUAGGUGUUAUGACCUCCAAAACUAAUCUCAACACACUGGCAGUUGCUGUAAACAGGACAGUUACUCAGCACUUCAGCCACAUCUUCUAUUUCACUGGGCUGCGCAUUCCCAAAAUACCGCAUGGGAUGCAGGUUAUCUCACAUGGUGAUGACCGGCCAGUCUGGCUAAUGUAUGAAACAAUCCGGUAUGUCCAUCUACAUUUUGGGGAUGAUUAUGACUGGUUCUAUUUCAUGCAGGAUGAUACAUAUGCCCAGGCUGAGCGUAUUGUAACUGCACUGCAGCAUCUGAGUAUCAACAAAGACCUUUACAUGGGAAGAGCAGAAGAAUUUAUUGGUGGUGAUGAAAAAUUCAAGUACUGUCAUGGUGGCUAUGGUUACCUUCUGUCUCGCAGCCUUUUGGUCAGAUUGCAGCAGCACCUAGACUCCUGUCGCAAUGACAUCCUGAGUGUCCGGCCUGAUGAGUGGCUGGGCCGAUGUAUUAUCGAUUAUCUUGGUGUCAGCUGUGUUGAAAAGUGUGAGGAGGUGCAGUAUCAGUAUCAUGAGCUGAGAAAGAACGCAGACCCCGACAAAGAAGACAGCCUGCAGUUCAUAAAUGCCAUGGCUGUUCAUCCAGUCCGCGACUCGGUACUAAUGUAUCGCCUCCACAAGCGCUUCAGUGAAAUUGAGUUGGAAAGAGCCUAUAAUGAAAUAGAGCAGCUGCAGAUCCAAAUAAGAAAUCUCAGUUUACUAACUCCAGAUGGAAAAGCUGGUACACCAUGGCCCAUAGGUGUUAACCCUCCUUUUAAACCUAAGUCACGCUUUGAGGUCAUAAACUGGGAUUACUUUACCGAGGACCACAUCUAUUCCUGUGUAGAUGGUUCACCAAAAUGUGAACUUCUAGGAAUCGAUAAGGCUGAUGUGGGCAACAUUGUUGAAGUGGCUGUUGAACAGAUGAAUGAAAAGUACCAGCCUCUGCUGCGAUUUAAAAAGAGGCAGUUGUUGAAUGGGUACCGGCGUUUUGAUCCCACCCGGGGAAUGGAAUAUACUUUGGACUUGGUGCUAGAAGCCUUCACUCAAAAAGGCCACAGACAAAUAAUCAAGAAAAGGGUCAGCUUGUUGCGCCCUCUCAGUCAGGUUGAAAUUAUACCUAUGCCUUAUGUAACAGAAGCAACAAGAGUUCAGGUAAUCCUGCCAGUGACUGCACAUGAUAAGGAUUAUGUUGGAAAUUUCCUUGACAUGUAUGUAAUGAAUACACUGGACACACAUGAAAAUGUCCUUUUGACAUUCCUUUUCAUAUAUGAUAUGGUUGAUGCCCAGCGGGUUAGUCAGACCGAUGUCUUUGCUGGAGUCAAGUCAAUGAUAGCAGAAGUUGAGAAAAGGUAUACUGAUGUCAAGCUUCCCUGGAUAAGUGUGAAGACUGAGGUCCCAUCUCAAAUCAAGCUUAUGGACAUUAUCUCCAAAAAACACCCAGUCGAUACCCUGUUUUUCAUCUCUACUAUCUGGACAGAGGUAAACACAGAUUUCCUCAACCGCUGCCGAAUGAAUGCCAUCAACAACUGGCAGGUCUUCUUUCCCAUUCACUUUCAGGAGUACAAUCCUGCCAUUGUUUACAGGGAGCAACAGUCCUCUACCACCUCUGAGGCUCUACGAGAUGGCCACUUUGACCACUAUGCCUUUGAGGAGGCAUGCUUUUACAACUCUGAUUAUAUGACUGCCCGGACAAAAAUGGCUGCUGACAUUCUGGACAAUGAUGAGAUGCUGGAAAGCAUGGAGAUUUAUGACAUUUUUAUCAAGUAUUCCAGCCUCCAUGUUUUUCGAGCAGUGGAGCCAGCACUGGUGCAGAAGUACAUCCGCCGGGAGUGCAACCCCAGGUUUAGUGAGGAAGUUUACCAUCGCUGUGUUCUCAGCAAUUUGGAAGGCUUAGCAUCUCGCUCCCACCUUGCUAUGGCACUGUUUGAGCAGGAGCAGGCUAACAGUACAUAGAACCAACAAGCUUCCACUGAACAUGCAGUCCCUACUGUCAUGAGCCUUAGUAUAAUUUGUAAACCUCAGAUCCCCAGUUUGGGUUUUGAGGUUUUCACUAACAAAUGUUGUAUACUGUUAAGAGUCAACUUCCGAGAUCUCUCUCUUUGCCAGAACUGUAAUAAACAAUAAGCAGUUCUGCAUGAGCAGUUACUGUUUUGGGAAAUGUGUUCUUGCAGGAAAUUUAGAACUUUAUUUUCCAUUUGUACAUAUAUUUGUUGAAAGGUAGAUAUGCAGUUGAAAGGGCUGCUGGCAGUCUUUUAUUUGGAUGUCCAAAGCUUUCAUUCGGCAAGUCCAUUGCCUUUCCUAGAAUGAAAGUGGUGUAGCUGUCUCCUUGACAGAUACAAGUUUUGCAUUUGCAUCACCAUGCAGAAGUGUUGUAAAGAUGUACUUUGGAGUCAUUGUUAGGAUAUAAUCCAUGGCAGGAUUUCAAUAUUUCUGGAGGAAGACUGGUUGUAUGACAAUACUCACUUAAGACAGUUGUGUCACACUACCUCCUUUUCACUCUAAUGUGGUACACUGCACAUUGAGUCUGGGUUUUCUGGAGGUCACUUCCAGGUAUAUUUGAGUGAUGUUCCUUCUUUCUCCUUCACUGUUCAUUAUGAACCGAUGGGGUUAGGAGGGUGGCCUAAUGGUUAAGGUGUUUGCCUUACAAACAUUUUUCUCGGCUGAAUAUCAGUGUUGCUGUUGAACAAAUAAACUUUGUUUUUAUGAAACCACUGUUGGACAUUUUACACCUGGUAGCUACCUAAAGUAACACAGAUUUUGAUCAUUUAGACUUUAUCUUUUCUUUUUUUAUCUGUUAGCCCAUUGGCUGGAAUGUGCUUCAUAGUGGUGUCUUAUGUGGUUUUGGAACUUGUGUGUACUUUAAUACUUGGUGCUUGUUCCUGUAAUCCUGAAAUUGGAUCUCAGAGGGAGAGGUGUUUAUGCAAGUUUAAAUAUCCAGACCACUAAGUAGGUGUUGCAAGCGUAGAUUGAAUACUGAUGAGGAUAGAUUCACAUGUGUAGUUGGGCAACUAAAACUGGAAACCUUUAUAUCAAGAGAAAGAUAUGAUCAUUGAUGUUGCAUCUUGCCACAGAUUCUUUGUUUUAAAACACAUCCAUAUUUUUAUAUACGAGGUACUGUGUCUAAUUGUUACUGUUACCUUUGACCUUCUGCUUUGUUUCAACUUUGCGAGAAUGGGAAAUGCGUGGCUGGGGUGAUCCCGUUGGAGUACUGCUGCAAAAGAUGGACUCUGCAUUAACAUCUGCUUAAGAGCAGAUGAAACAGUAAGUGAAUGUUCUCUGCCCUUUAAAGGAAUUUAACUUUCUGCUUUCCCUCCCACACUCUUUACCUGCUCCAUGUCUCUUAAAUGCUUCCAUGGAUUCUAUCUCCACUACAGAUUUCAGGCUUCUGAAACCCUGUCUGUGAAGAAGUACUUUAGAAGUUUUAGGGAGUAAAUUAUUCCCUACGGUCUGCUGACUUUGCACCCUGAUCUGUUCACAUCUCCCUAACGUGAUGUGUACCAGUAUCAUCUCUAUCUCUCUGUCACCAUCUCAUGUGCCUCCUAGAGUCAGGUGACAAGAGUCCUAGCUCCUCUAGUCCCUCUUCAUAUCCCUUCCAUCACAUGGAUAAUUUUGUUGUCCUUCCUUUGCAUUGCUUGCAACAGCCUGGUGCUCUUGUCUUUGUUUGGCUUUGCCGACCUGCACACAGCUUUCAAGGUAUUGUCUGGCCAGAACCUUGGAACAUGGAAGUGUACCUCUGCUUCUAUUGUCUCUAACACUAAAGAAUACAUCCCAGCAUUCAUUUUUUUGCUGCCACUAUCCUCUCAGUCAGCUUCUAGUGUUCCUAACCAGAUGUGUUCAGCACGCGCAGAUCUUUUUUUUUUCUGUUGUGUUGUAAUUUCCAGCCCAUCAGCUGAUAUUUAUUACCAGGGUUGUUUAGACCCAAGACCGGUACUGUAUAUUUGGUUACACUGAAGUUCUGCUGCCAUCUGCUGCCCCUUUGACCAGUCUUUUCAAAAAUGUAUCUCUAGACUGUUCUUUCCAUCCUGCACUGUUGCAUUUAUAUUUGUGUCAUCGGCACAGAAUGUUCCAUUAGAUAUGUGUGAGAGACAAUGAACAGUACUGGACCCAGGAGUGACCACUUAUUUACUCUAGCAGUCACUUUCCUAAUUCCUGACAUCAUGUCUUUUGCUACAGCUCUCUCUGUCCUACAGUUUCAGCCUUGCAUGAGUACAUUUUCUUUGUCUUGGCACUCCAUGUCCUUCAGUUUUCCUACCAGCCUGCUGUCUAAGUUUGAACUAAAGAUCUUACUGAAGUCCAAGUAGAUCAUGUCUUAUGGUACUUCCUAUUUAUUUCCCUUGUAAACCAGUUAUAAAAUGAGAUCAGGUUUGAUUGACAAAUCUUCCUAGCCAUGAGGCUUUGCUGGUUGCUGCCUUUCAGACAUUAUUGCCCUCUAGAAACACUACCAGCAUUCCCCUCUUGACUUUCCUUAAAUGGCAACUUGCAGGCCUCUAGUCCCCCCCCCCCCAACACUUGUCCCAAGGUGUCACACUUGCUGUCUUCCAAUACUCCUGCAGUUCUGUAGAUUUUUUUCAUGUAAGGGGCCAGCCAACACACUAUCAGAUUUCUGAGGACUGUUGGAGGGCAGCUGAUAUACCCUUGUAAUUUAUUCUCUGUAAGGGCAGUGAGGUCUCUGUCUAGCCUGGUGCCAUUCUGACUGUCUUCCCAGUCCUUUGCUUGCCCAGUCUUUUCAUUUGCUGUUACCUCAUGUGCUGUUGCCUGUGUAACAUGAGUAGAUGAAAGUAAAAUGCAUGCAGUUUUCCCCAUUAUAAGUCCAUGCUGUAUUGCGGUUACAUCUAUAGAAUCAGAGAUCUGUAUUGACACCUUUGUCCUCCCUUUGGGGGAAUGAGAUAGUUUGAUGUGUGCAUUUUAGUACUUCCUUUUAUUAUGCUUUUAUCAUCAAGACCCACAGGAAUAUCAGUUCAGUCCUGAACUUCAGUCACAGACUCCAUUUCUAAUAGUCAUUUGUGUAGCAGUUUGUGAAAGUAUUGUUCUGCCUAGCAAUGUAAUAAGAAGGAUUUACAUUCCUGCCUGAAAGCCUGCUAGUAGAGGGACUGCCUACCUUCAUAGAUGACCAUCGUGGCAUUGCAGAUUACAUUGGUGUCCUUUUGCAGAGUUGUCUGUUCAGACCUUUUCCUACUGUUACAUGUAUGAUGCUGUAACUACUUGACUCCCCACUGUGUGCUUUAGUUACAGACUUCUUCCUGUUUGGGCAUUAAAUAUUUUGUAUGCAGGAACCUUAUGUGAACGAAUUGUUGAUAUAGUAUUCAGAAUGGAUAGUCUGCUAAAUGCUGCGAUUUGAGAGAAUUUAUAAGUCAGCAGUUGAGACUUGUUACUAUGGAUCAGUGAAUAGCAUUGGUGUUCAUGGAUAACAUUGGUACCUUUGUUGCAUUUUGCAGGGCAGUUAUGGUUUACACAGUCGUGUUAUAAACAAAACAUUAAAACAAUGUGCUAAAUUGUAAUAAAAUAUUGUCUAAUCUAAAUGUUGUGGAAAACUGUUAUACCUUAACUAAAAUGCCUCUGUGUGAUUAAAAAAAGAAGCAACUAAUUUAUGCAGUAUAACAUUUUAAAUGAGUAAGUUAUUUGCUAUGAAUAAAUCUUGUAAACUGUUAUAAAA